UUUGUAAAGUUUUAGAGACUGUAAUCUUUGAUUUUACCCACUCUAGGUAGAAAUGAAAUGUGGGGUCCUUUUUAACUUGUCUGAUUUUCAUAUGGGUAUCGUGUUUUGUUGGAUUCUUGAUUUCAAAGUAAUGCACCUGUCAAUUUCGGCAAAUUUUUACUCCUGAAGUCUUAUAUCUGGGAUACUCUUUUCGUUCAAAAAUUGGACCUUCCCCCCUUAGUCAAUAUAAUAUAUUUGAUAUCUCACACUGUGAUUUCUGAGUUACUGGGCGUGUCUUACUUUUUCUAUUUUUGGAUCUGGGAAGUUCCCAGUAGCAGUUAACAAUGGGGUCUCAACCGUACGUUUAUUUGAUGAUUUAUUGAAUAAGUGUUGCUGAUAAUGGCUCUAGAUUCUUCUACUGUUUCUUUCCUUUCUUCAAUUUUAAGGUAUAUUGCUUCUUUGGAAAUAGGUGUUAGGUCAAGCUGUGAGCCUUGUUCUUGAGUUUUGAUUGACUACAUAUUGUCAUUUGGCUUUUGCUGAGAAGCAGUAGGCCAUAUGGGUUCACGAUUCCCUUCUCAUAAGUUGAGUAAUGGCCUUUACGUGUCGGGCCGGCCCGAGCAGCCAAAAGAAAAGACUCCCACCAUGAGCUCUGUUUCCUUGCCAUACACCGGUGGCGAUAUCAAAAAGUCUGGAGAACUCGGUAAAAUGUUUGAUAUCCCUAUGGAUGGCUCCAGAUCUAGAAAAUCUGGUCCCAUUAACAGUGCUCCUUCAAGGACAGGAUCUUUUGGGGGUUCUGCAUCUCUGUCAGGCCAAUUAAAUUUAGGCAAUCGGGUGGGUUCUCUUUCAUCUGGUGGUGUUCAUGCAUCUGCUUCUUUAAAGAAGACCAAUUCUGGUCCUCUUAAUAAGCAUGGAGAGCCAUUGAAAAAGUCAUCUGGUCCUCAAAGUGGAGGGGGAGCUGCUGUUUCCCGCCAAAAUUCUGGCCCUCUUCCUCCAGUUCUUCCGACAACAGGCCUGAUUACAUCUGGACCUAUUACUUCAGGCCCACUGAAUUCUGCUGGGUCUCCUCGGAAGGCAUCUCGUCAUUUGGAGUCUACAGGAUCAAUGAAAUUGCACAAUGCUUCUAUAGUUAACAACCAGGCUGUUACACGUCUUAGCUCUGAUGAUGAGUAUUCCUUCUGCAAGAGCUUCCCAAAGCCAAUCCUUUGGUCCAUCAUACUUCUCUUUGUGAUGGGAUUAAUUGCUGGUGGUUUCAUACUUGGGGCUGUUCGCAACCCCAUUCUUCUUGUUGUCGUCCUUGUACUUUCUGCUGCUGUGGCUACAGUGUUUAUAUGGAAUACUUUUUGGGGAAGAAGAGCUAUUACUGGUUUCACAGCAAGUUAUCCGGAUGCUGAGUUAAGAACUGCAAAAGAUGGCCAAUUUGUCAAAGUUUCUGGGGUUGUCACCUGUGGAAACUUUCCUCUUGAAUCGUCAUUCCAAAAGGUUCCCAGAUGUGUUUAUACAUCCUCAAGUUUAUAUGAGUACCGGGGAUGGGAUUCAAAAGCUGCAAACCCAACUCAUCGCCGUUUUACCUGGGGUCUUCGUUCAUUAGAGAGGCAUGUGGUUGAUUUCUAUAUUUCUGAUUUCCAAUCUGGCUUGAGGGCAUUGGUCAAGACUGGAUAUGGUGCAAGGGUGAACCCUUACGUUGAUGAAUCAGUUGUUGUCGACUUCAAUCCAUCAAAUAGGAAUAUGUCUCCGGCUUUCAUUAAAUGGCUCGGAGAAAGAAAGCUUUCUAGUGACGAUCGUGUAAUGAGGUUGAAAGAAGGGUAUAUCAAAGAAGGUAGCACUGUCAGUGUAAUGGGAGUCGUGCAACGGAAUGAUAAUGUUCUGAUGAUUGUUCCACCACCCGAACCUUUUUCUACUGGAUACCAAUGGAGUAAAUGCAUUCUUCCUGCAAGUCUUGAAGGCAUUGUUUUGAGAUGUGAGGACACUUCAAAGAUUGAUGUCAUACCAGUGUAGCAGUUGACAUUUAUGCAUGUACUGCUGUUUUGUGCGUAAAAGUUGGAGAAUCUUCUUAAAGUGGUGGAAGAAUCAGCAAGACGGUUCUUCAAGUGUUAAUUGGGUAUAUAGUUUUUGUGUUUUUAUUCAUUCUGGUCCCUAGUUUUUUGAUAAUGAUAGUGUGUGAUUAUGAUAGUCUAGCAGAGGAAACUCAGUCACUAACGAGUUAAAGAUCUGGUUUUUUUUUUUUUUUAUGUUAAAUACCUUUCAAUUAAUUUGUUAACAGGAACAUGGAUGCUAAAUGAUUUUAAAUGUGGCUUCUUUGCCACUUUGUGGUAUUUGUUGGAAAUGAAAUCUUGUGCUGAAUUUGUAUA